AUGACUACCCGACAUCGUGAUGUCAUCCAACUCGUCUCCUCCGAGUGCAACUCUUUCGCCGAGCGCUUCUUUGCAGAGCAUCGCCGCUUCUUUGAAGACCUGGCCAGUGGUGAAGCCGGAGCUGCGGAGCAGAAGGCUGAAUGGUAUGAGAUCUACAAGAGGUUCGAGGCAGAGUCCGAGUUGACCAUGCAGAAUGCGUUGAUGCUAUGGGGUGCUGUGCAAGCCAAAACCUUCGAGCGAGAGUUCAUCGAGGCGGCGAUGCAGUCUGAUGCCCUCAAUGACUACUUGUCCCUGACAGACUACCCCAUGUUCAUCAAGCGCAUGUGGCGUGAGGUUCAAGCUAAGCGCGAACGAGAUGCUAAGAUGGGCGAGGACAUGGUGGCCUCACCGAAGUAUCGAAAGCCUUCCAAACGGCCCAUGACACCUAUGGAGGACACCGUCGUUAAGGACCGCCUGUCUCAACUGGACCAACGCCUACUGGAGAUUGAGCACGAGCGCAACGCCCUGCUGCUAGAGCGCCGCCACUUGGUUGGCCGCGAUGUUGAGCCGGACACGAGCGAGAGUCUCAAGCGCGAGAUCAACCUUCAGAGAUACGAAGGUGCCAGCGGAAGCAGAUUUCUGGCGCAGAGCCCUGAGUGUGGCCAUACCGAAAUCCGCAAGUCGAAGAAGGGCUGCUCUGGGUGUGCAAUUAGCCUUCGGGCUGCGGAUGCCCCCGGAUUUCAGAACAGCAGACUCCUGAUUUUCUACGAGUACGUACUUCACACUCCUUUCAUGCAAAAGCUCGUUCUCGCGUCCAAAGAUCGGCGGCCAAGUUUCAAUCUGACACACGUUAACUUGCAGCUGCGAAGGCUGUCCGGCGUCAGCGCCCGGCGGACGCCAAGUGUGCGCAUAGACUGCAAUGCGGACCGUCCCGAAUGGGCAUCUGUGGCGGCCCCAAAGACCUUGAGUUUGGGUGUCACAAUGGUGGUCGGAAGCCCACCCGACAUCCGGCGGUUAGGGGGCAACGAGCUCUUCCGGCAGAUGCUGCAGGACCAUCGGGUCAAGGGGUGCAGGGUCGUGUUCCAGGAGAACGACCUGCUUGGUGCGCCCUCCCUCGAUAUGUCCUGGAUGCAGCUGGAAUGCGAUGUUUGCCUGCAGCAAAUUCUGGCCCAAAGCGCAUGUGGCCCACGCAACUUGCUCCGAAGGAGCCAAAGAGCUGACAAUGCGGCCAUGGCCCCACCAGAGAACGAGAGUGCGAAGCUCCCCUCCACACUACAUCCGAUCGUGCUCUUUAUGCUCGGCGACCUGGCUUUCAUCUUCACCAAGUACGAGGGCCGAGAGGAGGAGCUCUUCUCCCAGGUCUGCCUGAAGUACGGGGUGGACAGCACGGAACUCACAGCUGGUGAGCCGAGCCAGGCUGAGCUCGAAGAGGACGAGCUUGUGGAUGCGAUCAUUCAGCUGGAGGCUGGAGUCCAACGCCGAGCGUGGCUCGUCCGCCGAAAGCGGGAGGAGGCGAAAGAGCUGGUUCUUCUCAUCAGUUUGGGCCAGGAGCGCAGACACUGUCACGGCUGCGACAUGGGCCUCUGCCGCUCUCAACGGCUGGUCCGAAGUGCUGGGGAGGUCUGUUGGGCGGUGGCCGAAGAACAGCGGUGUGCUGCGGAGGAGGCAGCGAGCUCCCCGACCUCCAAACGAGAGGAACUGCAGGAUGACUUGCGGCGGGGCCGGCAAUGGCUUCUGCGGGAGCUGCGCGCAAUCCUUCUCAUCGUGGUUCAGGAGGACCCUCGCUUUGCCGAGCUGGCCGACUAUCUGACAGAGGGCGGCGAAAGUUAG